AUGAAAAUUCUUCAGACCCUAUUUCCUCCAUUUCAUUUAUUUAUUUCAGAGGGUGAAAAAUAUGAUGGAAGGCGAGCUGAUGUCUGGUCUUGCGGAGUUAUUUUAUACGCUCUUCUCGUUGGAGCAUUGCCCUUCGAUGACGACAACUUGAGGCAAUUACUCGAAAAGGUGAAGCGAGGAGUAUUUCAUGUACCACAUUUUGUACCACCUGAUUGCCAGCAGCUUCUUCGUGGCAUGAUAGAAGUGAACCCCGAGAAAAGAAUGACACUAGCAGAGAUUACUCGACACCCAUGGGUAACUGCUGGUGGUCGUGGGGAGUUGGAGCAGGAACUCCCUAUGAUGGAGGUUGUCCAGACCCGUGUUCUACCUUCUGCUGAUGCGAUAGAUCCUGAUGUAUUGCAAGCUAUUUGCAGUUUGGGUUGCUUCAAACAGAGGGAUAAGUUAAUACAGGAGUUACUUAGUCCACAUCACAACACGGAAAAGGUUAUCUACUUUCUUCUGUUGGAGAGAAAACGGCGACGGCCCGCAAGAGAUGACGAGCCCCGCCCCCCGGCCCCUGCGACCCCCGCCGAUCCGCCACGAAAACGACUCGACACUUGCCGGGUAAAUGGUCAGUCAGCCCAUUUUGGUCAGAUAAGUGAGGGUUCGCCAAUUACGCCAAGGAGAUCACAGAUUAGCAGGUCUUCGUCAGGGCGGCGUGAAGGUCGCAGUUCACCUCAAUUGGCAGCAAGCCCACCAGCUAGCCAUACUCCACACCGCGUCUCUUCAUUAGGCGGAACGCCAGCCACACCUGGAUCACCUCUUGCGUCGCCGUCUAUCCGCGAGCACCACCAUCAACGUGCUAAUUCCACGGGGCCUACGAUUAGUUUGAAUAUAAGUGGUGAGCCUGGCGAGGCCGUCAUCAUUAUAAAUGAAUCACCAUUAAUGAGCUCCUCUGUGGCCGUCAGGCCGCACAGUCCCUCGCAGCCGCCUCGAGUGAGGGAAAGAUCAUCUCUACCGGGUCCGCCCAGCUCCACCCAGUCGCCAGCGCAACCGUCACUGUUCCCCAACCUGGGCACCUUAACAGGUAUUAUAUCGGGAGCUGGUGCGGGCGGGUGUGGCGCGGUGGGUGCGGGGGGUGCAGCCGCGCCGUGGCGUGCGCGCCUCGCCACCAUCAAAAACUCCUUCCUCGGCUCGCCGCGCUUCCACCGCCGCAAGAUGCAGACGUCGUCAGAAGAGGUGCAUCUUACGCCGGAAUCCUCGCCCGAACUGACGAAGCGGUCUUGGUUCGGUUCCUUGUUGCUGUCCGCUGACAAGGAGGAGACUUUCACUGCACUUGUCAAAGGGAAACCCCUGGCAACAGUUAAAGCUGAUCUCAUACACGCCUUUCUUAGUAUAGCGGAACUGUCUCACAGCGUUCUAAGUCCGAUGUCCUUCAGAGUUGAGUACAAGAGGGGGUCCAACGCGCCCGCCAUGUUUCAGAGGCAUGUUCGUUUUCAGGUUGACAUAUCUACAAUAACGAAAGCGCCGGGAGAAAACGGGAAGGAGUAUUUGUACGCAAUUACCUUUACAUUAUUAUCAGGCAACAUCCGUCGGUUCCGGCGCGUGUGCGAGGUGGUGCAGGCGGCAGUAUGCCGCGCGCCCGGAGCAAGCCGCGCGCCCGCGUUGCACCCGCCGUCACCGCGCGCGCAGCGCCGCACCAUACACCCGCACGCGGCGGGUGAGAUUCCUGAUAGUCCAGACCAGCCACACUUGCACUCGGACCACGACAGCGAUUCCUCAGUCUUUGAUACAGUAAAAAGCCCCAGCCGUACUUCAAUCGACCAACUAGAUCAGAAUGGGACUCAUCCACUAGGGUCGAGUUCUUCAGUAACUAGCGGGUCCAGUGGUUACAAACAAAGUGUCCGCAGUCGGCGCGCCGCCGAGCCAGCCUCCGCCUCACUCGACCACGAGAUCAUGAGCUGCGGCCGCGACCUGCCAGGUGUGUGGACCUUAACACUAACCAACCAAGGCACGCAUACAAAACGUUCGUCGUCAGAGUGUCGAGAGGCAACGUCAUCGCCUCGCCGCGGCCUAGAGUCCCGGGACAGUUCCAUACGGGACGAGCUGCGCAGGAACAACUCGCUGCGGGAUUCACGCCGAGAACCGCCAACCGCGCCGCCCGCUAACGCAUCGCUCGCGUGA